UUUUCUGACCCAGACGUUACUGAGUUACAAAUGCAUUUUUCAUGUCCUCAUUGUGAAAUGGAGGUCGGGAUAAAAUGCAACCAGGAGACUGAAAUGCAGCUCUUGGAUAUAGAUCCUCGUCCAUUAAAUUAGUGUCUUGCCGGGUUUUAGUUUCUCUGCGUUUGACAGUCUGAAGUAAUUGAGUUCAGCAGAACAGUCUCAGAGCAGCAGAAAAUCACAAUCUGUCUCUACAAUGUCUGUGCCACAGGUGGGUGUGUGAAGGCCAUGCCGUACCUGUGCCCAGCAACUGACUCCUGAGUGUCCCCAUCACAGCACGGGGGGGUCACUGCUUCACAAACCCCCCCGAGUCUGAGAAGAGAGCAAAAUCCACACCUCCUUCAGAGCAGAACCUCUCCAAGAGAAGAUAGGUGAGGCUGAAAGCAAACUUAACUGUUAGAAGUCCAUGCGUACUUCAGAAAAGGUCACUGCUAAUUAAUCUUUCUUAAUUACCGAGAGGCAAGGAAACUCUGUCUCCCACUUCCCCCCCCAUCAGAUUGCUUUUCUGAAGAGCAAAGACCUAAAACCGUCUGAACAAGCUCAUAAAGGCAUCCAGGAAGCUGAGCUCAUUUCCAACAUUAGACUGAAGGCUGUGCCCACAAAAGAGCCUCCCGGCACCCCGCUAGCCCCGUCAGGAGAUGGGGACGCCUCCUCCCCGCGGUGUCCCGCAGGAAAAGGCAGCUUUCUCUUUAACGGCGGCUCUGACUCAGUGAGGAGGGUUUCUGAUGGGCGGAGAUUUCCGCGGAGCCGGGCUAGAUAAAGGCUGGCAGGGUCUGUGCCCGCCGGGAGAGCCAGGGGCACGAUGAGCUGCGGGCGGGAGCAGGGAGCGCUGCUGGACUGCGCCAUGGACACGGCCGGACGGAGGGACAGGUCGUGUCUCCAGCCCCUCUGGGACCUGGUGGCGGCCAAGGAGCCCUUCCUCAAAUCCCCCUUUUUCCCGGUGGUGUUUUCUUUCACGGCGUACAUGGCUUUCUGCCUGCCCUACGUCGCGCUGGACAUCCUGAGCGCCAGGCUGCCCACCUUGAGGAAAUACAAAAUCCAGGCGCAGAGCUACCCGACGCUGGGCAUGAUGGUGCCCUGCAUCCUCCAGAGCGCCUACCACCACCUGGUUUUCAUCUUCCCAGUGACAUUUCUCCACUGGUACUGCAGACCAGUGCAUCUGCCGGUGGUGGCUCCCGAGCUGCCCGAGGUGCUGCUGGAGGUGGCGGUUUGCCUGCUCCUCUUUGAUCUCCAGUACUUCCUCUGGCAUCUGCUGCAUCACAAGGUGCCCUGGCUCUACAGGACCUUCCACAAGGUGCACCACAAGCACGUGUCCACCUUUGCUCUCACCACGCAGUACUCCAGCGUCUGGGAAUUGCUCUGGCUGGGGUUUUUCGCCGCUGUCAACCCCGUGCUCCUGGGAUGCCACCCUCUGACUGAAAUGAUCUUCUUCCUGGUGAACAUCUGGCUGUCGGUGGAGGACCACUCGGGAUACGACCUCCCGUGGUCGACUCACCGCCUGGUGCCCUUUGGUUGGUACGGGGGGGCACCACACCAUGAUCUCCACCACCUGAAGUUCAAAUCAAACUACGCCCCUUACUUCACCCACUGGGACAGGCUCUUUGGGACAUUCACAGAGUCACACUCCAAUUAAAGGUAUCUGCCUGGGGACGAACUCUUCUUUGGUUUUUUUUUUUUAUACAGACUGAACUAGGACAUUAAUUUUUCAAAGACCUACAGAAGAUUGUAUAUUUGAAGCUGCCUAUAAAAGCCAUAGCUAUUUAUAACAAAUCCUCUUAAUAUAUGUGUAUUUGUGGGUAUACUUGGAACUGCCUGGGUGAAAUGUCUGUGCAAGCGGGAGGGUGAAUACCUGUUGCUUAAAUUUGUUUGAGUCAAAGGUGUCAGGGAAGCAUUAGGAGACGUUCUCUCUUCUUUCCCUCUUUCUGGCUUUCAUAAAGCAUGUAUCGUGUCACUGUAUGAGGUUUUAUACAUACGCCAGAACAAUUGUCUUACUGUCGUAGGAUGAUUGAUGAUGUAAACAGGAAAGGUACACAGCGUGGAUUUUUGUGGGGUUUUAUUGCACAAUGAGGGUGUAAAAUAUUGCUGCCAAACAAAGCUCGUUGGCUGACUGUGCAAUAAUUUUUAUAUUUAUAUUUUAUACCUGGAUGUACUAUCUGUUUUUGAUAGAAAAUAA